UCUAAACAAUGGCUACAUGUGAUGACUAUCAAGGUGGAUAUGAGUUUAAGUUUGUGACUGGUGAGCCUAGGGAUGAGUAUCAGUGCCAUAUCUGUACACUGGUAGCACGGGAUCCUCGACAAGUUACCUGUUGCUCCAAUAUAUACUGUAAGAGCUGUCUGGAUACACUAAAAGAGAAGGGCCAAGGGUUUAUCUGCCCAACUUGUCGUAGCUCACUAGAAGGAAAGUACUUUAAAGAUGGAAGAGCAGAAAGGGAAAUAAAGUCACUUAAGGUUUAUUGUACUAACACUGAUAGUGGGUGCCAAUGGAUGGGGACUAUUAAGGAUAUUGAUACUCAUCUUAAUAAUAGCUGUACCUAUCAACUGGUACCUUGUACUAAUUGUGGAGCGAAGAUGAGGAGAAGUAAACUGAUGACACAUCUGAUAAACAACUGUCCUAAACGAAUGAUUAACUGUCAGUAUUGCAAAGAAAGAGGCACACACCAACUGAUAACAAGUAGCAGUCAUACUAAGGAAUGUACUGACCUCCCAAUCCAAUGCAGUAAUGAAGGUUGCAAUGAGAAGGUACCACGAUGUUCACUAGCAUCACACAAUGAGACCUGCCCUAAAGCUAUCAUACCAUGUGAAUACAAUACUGUUGGAUGUAAUAAGAAAAUGAAGAGAGAAGAACAAGAGAAGCACAAUGAAGAAUCAAUGAAACAACACCUUGAUAUAGCAAUGAAGAAGAUUGAGGUACUACAGGUACUACUUCCAACCAACCAUGUCUUGAAGCUAAAUGAAUACAGAGAAAAGAAAGAAGGAGAUGAGAUAUGGUUCAGUCCAGGCUUCUACACAUCACCAGGAGGAUAUAAGAUGUCACUACGUGUUGAUGUUAAUGGAGAUCGUGACGGUAAAGGUACACACGUCUCUUGCUUCAUAUAUCUCAUGGCAGGAGAAUAUGAUGAUAUACUGGAGUGGCCAUUUCAAGGAGAAGUUACUAUAGAACUACUGAAUGAACUGGAGGAUAAAAAUCAUAAGAAAUGUACCUUAUCAUUUAAUGAAUCAACACCAGAUAUAUCUAAGCAAAGAGUGAAGGAAGGCAGAAACACAGGAUGGGGUAAGAAGUUCAUAUCACAUGAAGAGUUAGAAUAUGAUCCAGCUACUAAUUGCCAGUAUCUCAAAGAUGAUAGUUUGUACUUCAGAGUUAGUGUAAAGAUUACACCAAAGACAAAGCCAUGGCUAGUAUUAAGAUAAUAUGCAUGAUUGAAUUUGUCUCAGAAAGUAUGUAUGUAUGUAUGUAAUAUGUAUAAGCUAACAUGUUUUAUUGAUUAUACUGUAGCCUGCUAUAGUUCUUACUGUCUUAUAUAUACACACAUAGUACUCUUCCUUUUCCUAAUUAAACUAUUUUAAAUUUAUGUUAAGAAGCUCAGUCAAUAAAACGAAAA